AUGGACGCCUUGCCUCGGACCCUGACGGUGCUCGGGGUCAGUGGGGAGAAGCUCCUGGAUGCAGCAAAGGUGUCUUCUCUCUCCGAGUUACAAGAGCUCACAAGGGCGAGGUUUGGUGCCCACAAGUGCAGGUUUCUGACCUCUGAAGGGAAGUGUCUCCAAGACUGGGAGGGUGUCGCUGAUGGGGCUACGUUGACCGCAGUGGCAUUGGGGCUGAACCCACUGUUGCAGAUGGUGGGCUUAGAGGAUAAGGAUGGCUGCCCAGUGGAUGACAAAGUACCGCUCGAAGAGAUGGAGCGGAUCGCGCUGGAGAUUGCGAUUGACCUGGCGAAUAUCGGCUGCUUCUUCGGGGGUCCUGGGCAUCUGUGCGGCCAUCCACCAACUUUUUGGAGAUGGGAUGACAUCCUGCCCGCCCCGCCGCACUUCCAGAAGGACGAUUUCUCCAUGAAGGUCAUGAAGGUCAGGGAAGCCACAGAGGUGGUGCACACAGGUGCCGAAGUGGUCUUUACCUCAGAAGAGGGCUCCCUUGUUCCCAACACUCUGGUGAAUUUCACAGUGGAGAAACCCGUGACCGUGCAGGACAUGAUUGGAUUUCGCAGGCAGCAUCAGGCUGCAUGCCGCACCAAGGUCUCCGAGCUCCUGGCCACAAGACAGGGCGCCGACACUGUGGAUGCCAAGAUCAGCCUGAAGGAGUACACGAAAGAGCGUGUAUGCUUCGAGCUGGGCUAUCACGUCUACAAUGAAGAGACCGAGGGCUUUUGGAUGUGA